AAAGUACAAAGCGAGCGAUUGACAUUCAAAAUGCAGGUUUGAGCUGAAAUGAUCUAGCAGAAAUGUUUUGCCGUUAAACAGUUUGUAAUUAUCUUCUUGUUUGACAUCCAAGUAGGUUAUGAGUUCCGUACACUGCAUUCCAUGACUUCGUACACGCUCGUUGACGAUUACACAAUCUUGAAAUUCACGGAAAUAGCCGACGUAAAACGAAAGAACGGUCCUGUAGAACUGCUGGAGGCGGCCACAGCGCCAUGUUGAGCGGAAUCAUCACACUCCGUGGAGAGACUCUCGUCAAAGAGCAGUUGUAAACAAAGUAUUAUCAAUUUUCCAAAGGGGGACACCUGUCAAGAUCGCCCUGGCAAGAAGUGGCGAACUAGGUCCUCGGAAACCCCGACCGGGGAGGGGGAACAACCCCCAAGCCUUCAACGAUGAAGAUAAACCACAAUAAGCGCUAGCCGGCUAACUUCAGCCUGCUAUUCUAUCAAUAAGCUAGCUAGCUUGUUAGCUCAAGCACCGCUCGAAACUAUCCGCUCAAACACCGGCAACCUGCUUCUACAAGGCCCGGUCUUGACGUAACUCGCCAGCAAUAUUUUUUACGUGCGCUGUUUUUUAAGUCGCUAGCUACUUUAUAACUGUAAAUAUCUACAAAUCAGCGCGUUUGUGUUCCUUUUUCUGCGAUGAGUUUGCCGCCGAAAGCGGUGCAGAAACCAGCCGCUGGAACUGGACCUGGAACCGGGCCGUCACUCUCGAGCCAGCUGCGGGCUCCCUUGACCCAAGUACCGCUACCGCCGGGGCAGCCGGUCGCCCAUCAGCUUCCACCAGUACAGCAGACACAAGUUUUCCUUAAUAUUCCCCCUAGGAUUUCAAGAGUACCACCUCCCCUGGAUGAGCGAAUCUUCAACCAGCAACCCGUCACUGCUGUGUACAGUGUACAGAGACCCCAUGGUUCUCCAUACACAGCACAUGAAAUCAACAAGGGACAUCCAAAUCUAGCCGCCACACCGCCAGGUCACUCCUCUUCCCCUGGACUCUCUCAGGUAUCAGUUUCAACAGUAUCCACUGCGCACCUCUAUCACCCUAAAAGCUGGGAGCCAAUAGGAGGGUCUCCAUACACACCCGGACAGAAUGCAGGCACGACUCCUCUGGUCUACACGCAGCCAACCCAGCCAAUGAACGCACAGCCUCAGAGCCGCCCGUUUGCCCCUGGGCAUCGUCCUACCCAUCACCAGGGAGGAUUCAGACCCAUUCAGUUUUUCCAGAGGACGCAGAUGCAAACAGCUCGGCCCACCAUUCCAAGCAACAAUCCUGCUCUUCGACCCCAGUCUCAAAACCCCACAGGAGCGGUCUACUCUCCAAAUCAGCCCAUCAUGAUGACCAUGGCGCCCAUGUCCUUCCAUUCCCCACAGACAGCGCAGUACUACAUCCAGCAGUACCGUCCCAGUGCACCUCAAUAUGUGGGACAUCAGCAGUACACAGUUCAGCCCCCUGGACCCAGUACCUUCUAUACUGGACCCAGUCCAGGGGAAUUCCCUGCGCCUUAUGCAGGACCUCCCUACUAUACUGGGCAAACCAUGUACACACCAUCUCCAUCCAUCAUAGUGCCUACACCACAACAACCUCCACCUGCUAAGAGGGAAAAGAAACCAAUCCGCAUCAGAGACCCCAACCAGGGCGGUAAGGAUGUCACAGACGAGAUAUUGUCAGGGGUGGGUGGAAGCCGGAACACAACUCCACCCAUAGGGGGGCGACCCUCCUCUACACCCCCACAGUUUUUAUGUCCACACCCUCAUUAUCCUCACAUUUUCUACCUCAAAUCCCAGCAGCCGAACAGCCAGGUAGCAGAUCACAGGCACGUUGUGUAUAGCGUGGACAACGCCCAGCACCUUCCUGCAACCAUCAACUUAAAAGCAGAUGACAAGCCAAAACUAGAGUUUCCCUCACAAAGAUCUGCAUCUCCUGGACUGCGGCAGCCAGAAGCUCCUUUAGAGAGAAGAGAUCCCAGCAGCCCGGUCCAAGCGCCCCCAUCCCCUCCCCAGAAAACUGAGCUCCCCCCCUCGGGCCCAGAAAUGGCCUUAAGUGUAGCUUCAUCCCCUGUGCUCUCCACGCCUCCCUCAGCAGUGGAAUCAACGGAAGCCUCAAGUACCUCGGUUGACCCCAGCCCUCCUAAAGAUAUCACACCAGAACCAGAAAGCUCAGAGCUGGAGAAAUCCUCCUCAGAGCAGCCCACACCUCGGAGCCUGUCCACAUCGCCAACCCAUGAGAAGGCAGUCAAUGGGUUGCCGGACACGGAUGCCGCUCCCAUGGGUGAAGACUUGGAAUCCCAACCCAGAGAAGUGUCUCCGUUGCUGCCAACUCCCAGCAUGCCCGCCAGCGCAGAGCCCGGUCCCAUCGCACCAGCACUGGAGGCUGAGUCUGUAGAGGUUAAGGCAGAUAGUCCCUCGCCUGCUGCCGAGGACAGCGAUGGGUCUCCUGAAGUCCCGUCCCUCCUCGACCCAAAUGUUACCGUUUCUGCUGCUAUGUUAACCACACCUGCGCCACCCCCAGGCCUCACACACCCCAGUCAGGUUUCUGGAGGGUCAGACCUGGUCAGGAGAUCUUCUACAGGGGCAGAUCUCAAAGAUGCAGGGAAGGAGAACGAGGCCUUGCUGGACAAGCAAGGCGAGCCCUUGCUGCUGUCCAGAAAAAGUCAAGCUACAUCUAGUGCACCAAAGACCUGGAAGAAGCCAAAAGACGACAUGCCUGUUGGUCAAGAUCAGGGUCCAGAAAAAGAGGAGGAAUUGGAUCAGCCUGCUGCAAAAAGCCUCAGUCCUCCUCCUGUGGAGGUGGAGAGAAGGCCUUCAGUAGGAGCAGUGCUCGAGGAAAACGGAGAACAGGAAGCAGAGCCUAUAAGAAAUGGUGCUGAACAUGCUUCCGAAACGGAGAGCAGCGACGGCAUCCACACAUCUGCAGUCAGAGAGCCUCUGAUCAUAGCUGUUCCACAGCCUGCAGAGAAGAAUGGAAAGAAACAAUAUGACCGAGACUUCCUGUUGGGCUUCCAGUUCAUGCAUGCAUGUGUGCAGAAACCAGAGGGUCUUCCUCCCAUUUCUGAUGUUGUUUUAGAUAAGGUUAACCAAAAUAAGCUGCCCAUGAGAUCAGGAGACCCACGCGGGAUCUCCAGGGGCCCAGACUUCACGCCAGCAUUUGCGGAUUUCAGCAGACAGAAUCAAGGGGGCAGAGGAGCACCGGUUGGUCCCUUUAUAUCCGCAUUGUCACACUCAUGCAAAAAUAUGAUGAAUUGUAAUUUAAGCACUGACUCAAUAAUUGUGAUGUUUUAUCAGCUGCAAAAUGUUGGCUUCCGGCGGCCACCUGGGCGCAAGAUCAUUACAAAUCUGUCUGUAAACAACGAGGUGCAGCUGAAGACGACCGAGAACGCCUGGAAGCCUGGCAUGAAGCUGGACAGCGCCAUCGAAGAUCAAGAGACCCUGAAAACUCAGGAGCUUUUUAAAAAAGUUCGAAGUAUCCUCAACAAACUGACGCCGCAGAUGUUUAACCAGCUGAUGAAGCAGGUGACCGAUCUCACCAUUGACACGGAGGAGCGCCUCAAAGGGGUCAUAGACCUGGUCUUUGAGAAAGCCAUCAAUGAACCCAGCUUCUCUGUGGCCUAUGGCAACAUGUGCAGCUGUCUGGCCACGUUAAAGGUGACCAUGACGGAUAAGCCCAGCAACACUGUGAAUUUCCGGAAGCUGCUGCUCAAUCGGUGUCAGAAAGAGUUUGAGAAAGACAAGGUGGAUGACGAUGCCUUUGAGAAGAAACAUCGAGAACUGGAGGAAGCUUCCUCGGCUAGUGAACGGGAGAGGCUGCAGGAGGAGUUGACCGAGGCGAAAGAUCAGGCUCGCAGGCGAUCCAUUGGCAACAUUAAAUUUAUCGGCGAGCUCUUUAAGUUGCGAAUGCUUACAGAAGCUAUUAUGCACGACUGUGUGGUCAAGUUGCUGAAAAACCACGAUGAAGAGUCACUCGAGUGCCUCUGCAGACUGCUCACCACUAUUGGCAAAGACCUGGACUUUGAGAAAGCAAAGCCACGGAUGGAUCAAUACUUUAAUCAGAUGGAGAAGAUAGUAAAGGAGAGGAAGACCUCCUCACGCAUUCGGUUCAUGCUGCAGGACGUCAUUGACCAGCGUUUGCACAAUUGGGUGUCUCGGAGAGCUGACCAGGGCCCCAAAACCAUCGAGCAGAUCCAUAAGGAAGCCAAGUUGGAAGAGCAGGAAGAACAGAGAAAGGUCCAACAGCAACUGUUGUCCAAGGACAAGAGGAGACCAGUGGUGCAAAGAGAAGAGACCUGGAGCACUGUGCCUAUGAAUAAGAGCAGCAGGACAAUAGACCCCACCAAGAUUCCCAAGAUCUCAAAGCACACAACAGAUGAGAAGAUUCAGCUGGGACCGAGAGCUCAGUUGAACUGGAUGAAGGGCAGCAGUGGAGGGGCUGGAGCCAAAGCUAGCGAGUCAGAUGUUUCUCGCCCCAGUGCUACUAGUUUAAACCGCUACUCGCCCCUCCAACCCUCAGGACCACCGGCUUCCUCUUUACCCUCUGCAUCCCCAGACUUUGAUGCCAGGAAAGUUCUUAGCAGUCGUGGAAGCUCAGGGCGGGAACGCAACGACAAGCCGUUAAGCGCUGGUCCUGCUCGGACAGGCCCUCUCUCAUCAGGCAGCAGCAAUAAGGAAGCCCCCGAGGAGUCCAUCCAGGACGUGUCCCGCAGAGACUCGGACACACCCAAGCUGCCUGCCAACACUGCAGACCAGAGCCGACUGGAACAUAGCCAAUCCAGAGAGUCUGCUGUUAAACUUGAAGUACUGUCAGGCGCUUCUCCAGACAAGCCAGCUUUAUCAGAAGAGGAGAUGGAGAGGCGGUCCAAGUCCAUAAUCGAUGAAUUUUUGCACAUUAAUGAUUACAAGGAGGCAGUGCAGUGUGUAGAGGAACUGGAGCAGCCCACCAUGCUCUACGUGUUUGUGCGGCUGGGUGUGGAGUCGACCCUGGAGAGGAGUCUGAUCGCACGAGACCACAUGGGUCAGCUGCUCUACCAGCUCCUGCAGCCUGGAAUCCUCUCCAAACCUCAGUUCUUUAAAGGGUUCUCUGAAACUCUUGAAUUCGCAGAUGAUAUGGCUAUUGAUGUUCCUCAUAUAUGGCUGUAUCUUGCACAGCUGGUUACCCCUGUGCUUCGAGAGGGUGGAAUCUCUAUGAGAGAAUUAUUUAGUGAAUUUAGCAAACCGUUACUCCCUGUGGGAAGAGCUGGGAUAUUAUUUUCUGAAAUAUUGCACCUUCUAUGCAAACAAAUGAGCCAUAGGAAAGUGGGAUUAUUGUGGAGGGAUUCUGAGUUGGACUGGGCAGAUUUUAUACCCGAAACAGAGGAUGUGCACAGCUUCAUCACAGAACAUAAACUAGACUUCACUGUUUCCGAUGGCUCAGACCCGACAGAGGCUGUCUCUAAGAGAACACUCUCACCUGAUGAACUAAACAAGCAACUUGAAAAACUUCUACUUGAGGAAAUGGCUGGCGAUGAACAAAUCUUCGACUGGGUUGAGGCCAAUCUAGAUGAUUCAGAAAUGAGUUCAUCUCCCUUCCUCAGAGCUUUAAUGACUGCUGUUUGCAAAGCAGCAGUGAAAACCGAGGGCUCCUCUUGCAAAAUGGACACGUCCAUGAUCCAAAGGAGAUUGCCUGUUUUACACAAGUACCUUAACUCAGAUACAGAGAGACAGUUGCAAGCACUUUACGCACUUCAAGCAUUGAUAGUAAAACUGGACCAGCCUCCUAAUUUGCUUCGGAUGUUCUUUGACUGUUUGUAUGAUGAAGACGUGAUAUCUGAGGAUGCGUUUUAUAAGUGGGAGGUCAGUAAAGACCCCGCCGAACUGGAAGGAAAGGGCGUGGCCCUAAAGUCAGUCACCGCCUUCUUUACAUGGCUGCGGGAGGCAGAGGAGGAGUCGGAGGACAAUUGACAAGAAACGGACACCUUUGCCAACUAGUGCUGAAGAGACGAUAGUCGCUGAAACAAUAACUGCAUCAAAUUAAAAAACGAAAAAACAUAACAAGCAACACAUUAUGCAUCAGUCGGGUGGAGUGCAGCCAGAUUUGGAAUGGUACGGUUCAUGCGACCAUAUGACGGCUUACAAUGGCUGAAGCACUAAAAAAAGGAUUAUUUAUAGAAAUGUUGCAUUUUAUGUUUUUUAUUUUUUAUUUUGUUACUUUUUAAGGAAAGACUUUAAUAAUACAAAGGUGCAACUAUGAAACAAAACAUAAGUUCCGACUCGUUAAUUUAUUUUUUUUAAAGAGCAGCAUACACAAAAGGGUAUUUAACAUAUGCUGACAGUCACAAGGAGUGGAUAUAGAUAGAAUGGUAAUAAUUUUAUUAAUGAUAAUAAUAUAAUGACAAGGAUUAAACAACCUCUGUGGUUUUCAUAUAGGACGCUGAAGGUUUUAUCUGUUAUGGUUGAGGUGGAUAGACAAAGCCGGGUGUCGGAUCAGAGUUUUAGUGCAAGGUUCAAGGUCAUUAUCUGAAUAGCCGUACAGAUUGUUCCUCUGCUUCAGCUUGCUCAUAUCCAGCAGAAUCUUGCAGUACUGUGCAUUCAGGGGACUGCUGGGGUCACAGAACAAGAGCUGCCAAUGGAAGUCAAUGAACAAAUGGCAACGUGUACAAAAACACUGAGAUGUUGCUGAACCUAAAGUGCUUGUUAUUCUUCAUACUGAGAGCAACUUUAAAGCUUGUAAAUAAAUUAAAGACAAAAAAGAUCCAUAAAAAUACAAACGCCGUGUGUAUUUUGUACAGU